AUGACCGAUCCGAAAGGUGGCGGUGCGAACGAUGUGGAAAUGAAUGCGUUGCCGCGCAAUCAGUCAGCGAACCGGUUCCAGGUUAACCUUGUCAAUCAUGACGACCCUACGUCCGGCCAAGGUACCGGCAACGGUACGGCUACCGAACCGGUCACCGAGGACGACGUCUUCCCGGAGGAGAUGGUCAAACGGCGCACCUCCCGCCUGCAGUCGCUCCGCAGCAGCUUCCGCACGGGCAGUGGUGACCGAGAUCCGGAGCAGCCACGGCAGCGCAAGCCGUCGACGCGCUUCAACGUCGAGGGUGGCGAAUCGGACUCGAACGAUGACGAGGAGGAUAAUCUGAUCGAUGAGAAUCGCUACGCAAGAAGCUUCCGGCACUUCACACGGGAAGCCCUGCCACGGAUGGACAAUUAUCGCAACAUUCUGUCAUUCCAAGGCAACCAGAGACCUACGCUAGAUGAGCUUCACGAUGCAUCUAUCACAAACAAGGAAACGAUGCGCCGAGGAACGGUACACGAACCGGCCGAGAUGGAUGGAGCAAUAAAGUUCGGCUGGAUAAAGGGUGUGCUGAUGCGGUGCCUUCUGAACAUCUGGGGCGUUAUGCUGUUCCUACGACUCAGUUGGGUCGUUGGCCAAGCGGGCAUCGUACAGGGUGUUGUGCUAAUCUCAAUGACUACCGUUGUGACCACCAUUACGGCCCUCUCCAUGUCGGCCAUCAGCACGAACGGUGUGAUUAAGGGUGGUGGGACGUACUACAUGAUAUCGCGCUCAUUAGGGCCCGAGUUUGGUGGUUCGAUCGGGUUGAUAUUUUCGCUAGCGAAUGCGGUCGCUUGUGCCAUGUACGUGGUUGGGUUCUGUGAAUCGAUGAUCGAUCUGCUCGCCUCGUUCGGUGUGUCGAUAGUGGAUGGUGCAGUAAAUGAUGUACGGAUUAUCGGAUGCAUAACGAUCGUCAUUCUGCUGUGCAUUGUGGUCGUAGGGAUGGAAUGGGAAGCGAAGGCACAGAUCGUGCUGCUCAUCAUACUGCUCAUCGCCAUCGUGGAUUUUUGCGUUGGUUCCGUGUGGGGACCGAAGUCGGAUUUGGAUGUGGCGCGCGGGUUCGUCGGGUUUAAUGCGUCGGUAAUGUUGGAAAAUAUGAACUCCGAGUACCGGAUGGCGAAAGGAACGCAACACGAUUUCUUCUCCGUGUUUUCGAUCUUCUUCCCUGCUGCUACGGGUAUAUUGGCUGGAGCAAACAUCAGUGGAGAUCUGAAAGAUCCUUCGUCUUCGAUUCCUAAGGGUACGAUUCUUGCGAUUGUGCUUACGUCCGCUUCGUACGUCGGAAUGGCGAUCAUUGCUGGUGCGACCGUACUGCGUGACGCAACUGGUAAUCUCACCGAUGUCGUCAACGGCACAUGGGACUUUUCCAACUGUGAGGUGCAAAGUUGCAGUUACGGUCUGCACAACUCCUUCCAGGUGAUGGAGCUAGUGUCGCUAUUUGGACCGUUGAUCUACGCUGGAUGCUUUGCCGCUACUCUUUCGUCCGCUCUGGCUAGUCUUGUGUCGGCCCCGAAAGUAUUCCAAGCGUUGUGCAAGGAUAAACUUUACCCAAAGAUAAGCUGGUUCGGCAAAGGAUUUGGCAAGAACAACGAACCGGUACGCGGAUACAUCCUGACAUUCGUCAUCUCCGUUGGGGUGAUUCUGGUGGGAGAUCUAAACAUGAUUGCACCGUUGAUAUCCAACUUCUUCCUGGCGGCUUACUGUCUGGUGAACUUCAGUACAUUCCAUGCCAGCUUGGCAAAACCAGUCGGAUGGCGACCAACCUUCAAGUAUUACAACAUGUGGCUCAGUCUGCUUGGUGCUAUUUUCUGCAUUGCGGUUAUGUUCCUGAUAUCCUGGCCAACGGCACUGAUAACAUUCGCGGCCGUGCUUUCACUGUACCUGAUCGUCUCUUAUCGCAAGCCGGACGUUAACUGGGGCUCCACCACGCAGGCGCAGACGUACAAGAACGCAUUGCUCUCGGUGCAGCAGCUAAACAACGUCGAGGAACACGUUAAGAAUUAUCGGCCCCAGAUAUUGGUUCUCUGUGGCCAUCCAAGCGCGCGUCCUCUACUCGUAAACUUUGCCUACCUGCUCACCAAGAAACUUUCGCUGCUCGUCUGUGGUCACGUGACCAAAACGCACGUUUCGCAAAAGUAUCGCAACCAUCUGCAGAAGAAGGCAUCGGAGUGGUUCCGACGCCACAAGGUGAAGGGAUUUUAUUCGCUGAUCGAUGAUGACGAUUUCGAGACGGGAUCACGCGCCAUCAUGCAAGCGUCCGGUAUUGGCAAACUACGCCCAAACGUGCUGCUGAUGGGCUUCAAGAGCGACUGGGACCGGUGUGAGUCGAGCGAGCUGGAGCAGUACUUCAACGUGGUCCACAAAGCGCUCGACAUGUACUUAUCGGUGGCUAUACUGCGCGUGUCCAAGGGGUUCGAUUACUCACAGGUGCUCGGUGAGGAUAUGGUGAAGUUUAUCUCGGAGUACCCGCGUACGCUGGUGGCGAACGACAGCACGAACGAUCUGCUGGGCCAUAAUAAAGUAAGCUCUCUGCACGGUAGCUGUGAUUCGCUCAGUCGCAACGUGUCGCAAGACCAAACGAUUGACGUUAACGAGAAGAACUCAAAAAAUCUGAAGACAAGCAGCACCAGUGAUUUGAGCAAAACCAUUUCAGUCGCUCCCGAUCCGAUCGAUAUCAACGCCAAACUCAUAACAGAAACGGGCCAACGUUCACUGAAACGUGGCGACCCAUCGCUCCUGUACCGUGGACCGGGUGGUUCCGAACUUCCGAAAGAGGUGCUUGACGAGCUGACACAGUUCACGUUGAAGAAAAAGACGGGCAUCAUUGACGUGUACUGGCUGUACGAUGACGGCGGCCUUACGCUACUUCUCCCGUACAUUAUCAGCACCAGACGAAACUGGAGCUCGUGCAAGCUGCGCGUUUUUGCACUGGCCAACCGCAAAACGGAGCUCGAGUUCGAGCAGCGCAAUAUGGCUAGCUUGCUGGCAAAGUUCCGCAUCGACUAUUCCGAUCUGCAGCUGCUGCCGGACGUUACGAAGAAACCGAAUCAGGAGAUGGCCGAUUUCUUCAAGGGACUAAUUAAGGAGUUCACCGUGAAGGACGACAUCUCGGAUGCUAGUACAGCUGGAUCUUCGUACAUCUCGAAGGCGGAACUGUUGGCGGUACAGGACAAAACGAACCGGCAUUUGAAUCUGCGCGAGUAUCUGCUGCAACACUCCAGCAAGUCCGAUCUGGUCGUCAUGACGCUACCCAUGCCACGGAAGGGUGUCGUCUCGGCUCCGCUCUAUAUGGCGUGGCUUGAAGCGUUGAGUCGUGACCUACCACCUUUCCUGUUUGUCCGAGGCAAUCAGACGUCCGUGCUGACGUUCUACUCUUAA